AAUGAUGGGAAAUCAGACAGUUGACGAAGGAACACUUCCUUUUAAAACGUUGAGGAGGGUAGCUAGUUGUUAAGCGUUGGUCAGUCCACAUACGCCUAAUGAACGCGGUGGAAACAUUUAACGCUAUGUUGUUAGAUAUCUCUAACGAGCUCAAGGAUGACAACUUGAAGCAGCUCAAGUUCUUGUGUUCUGAAAUUAUCGGGAAGAAACAAAUGGAAAAAGUAAAAAUGGGCGUUGAUCUUUUUCAGCACCUAAAGGAAGUAAACAAACUAGGACCUGACCAUGCAACGUUUCUCUGCACGUUACUGGAGAAAAUAAAGCGAGAGGAUCUUGCUAAAAAAGUGCAGGAGUACAUGCAAAAGAAUGCAUCAAGAGACGUAGGUCUACCAGAAACCGAGGAACGAGCAAAAGUGAAAAUAGCAGUUGAUGUCAUUGUUGCAAACCUUGGGAAAGACUGGCGACGAUAUGGCAGGAAGCUGGGACUGCACGAUGCAAAACUUGACCAAAUCCGGGAGAAGCACCCUUUUAACCUUGAGGAGCAGGUGAUGGAGGUCAUCAAUGAGUGGGAGAGGAUGCACACAGGGGAUGUCAAGGCAGCUGUUUUAAUAGAAGCACUUCGCUCUUGCAAUCUAAAUUACACUGCUGAUCUAGUUGACAAGGAGAUUAAGUCCCCGAACACAUAAAGCACUUAUCUUGGUCUUAAUAAACUCCUUGCUAAUAUGAAAGAAUGGCUGAUUGAUUACAAUAAUUACUCAUUGUUCAUGACUAUUCAUCUAAUGCUCUAUGUCUGUGAAUAUGGAAAGCACAGGUGUGUAUAUUUGCAGUACUGAGUACACAUGCAAAUUUGAUUAUUUUGGUUGGUAAGUAAGUAACAAAUUGCCCCACAGUUAUGAAACAAAUAUUCUGAAAAUGUCUUAACAGUACUGCUUACACUGCAGUCAUUUAGACAUUUGGGGAAAAGUUAGAUUUUUUAA